UGGCCGACCGCACGUCGCCGCGAUCUCAGUUUUGCGAUCGCGUCGGGAAAACCGCUCCGAAAUACCGUACACGCAUCGUGUCCCGGAAGCGUCUUCUGCACUUCCGCGUUUUCCGCAACGCUUCUUCCGAGCGAACGCAGUUAGUGGCUGGAGCUCGGCUGGAGACCGGACGUCGGCUCGAGGAGAGACCGGAAGCGCAAGAGGUUUCGCCGUGACUCACCGAACUUCCUUUGCUGAAGACUGCUCUUUUCCGGUAAUCGACGUUUCGGCGAAGCUUCGCUCGCGCGAUGUCUCACGGUAGCAGGGAUCAAUAUCCUCGCAGCUGAACGCGGGAUUCGAAUUCUUCGAGGAAAGAAGCUAACGCGCUGCGGCCUCCUGCGACUCCCCUUGUCGCGAACAGAUUCCUUGACGAUUAAGCAAACGGGUUUUCCCUUCAGGUGGAAUACCGAGUAGACUCUAAAAUGAAGACCGGUAAUGGUUCGAUAGACGAUCGACCAGGCUUAGAAGGCUACGUAAAUCACGGUUUAAGCGGUUCCACCAACAAUAUAGACCUCAUUCAUUCGUAUCACUCUCUUCAUGGUUCACACGGAAACCGAGAGAUACAGGGCUCGUCAGAUUUUAUCCUGAUCGAAGAGCCUGGUGAUGAUGAGGCCAAACAGAAAGAAAGUCUUCUAAAGUCGAUGUUGCAAUACACGAGGCGGCGUGCCAGGGCCAUAUGUACGAAGAAAACCCUUUACAAGAGGCUGCCGGUCUUGAGCUGGCUGCCAAGGUACAAUGGGCAGGAUGCACUCGGAGAUUUAGUGGCUGGAAUUACCGUGGGCCUUACUGUCAUUCCUCAGUCGCUGGCAUAUUCAAAUGUUGCCGGUUUACCAGCACAGUACGGUCUAUAUGGUAGCUUCUUAGGUUGUUUCAUCUACAUAAUUUUUGGAUCUUGCAAAGAUAUACCUAUGGGACCCACUGCCAUAAUAUCUCUGUUGACUUACCAAACGGUAUCUCAUUUGGAAUCUCCGGUGGAGCAUGCGAUCCUAUUGUGUUUCAUAGUCGGAAUUGUAGAAUUAAUAAUGGGCAUAUUCGGCCUCGGAUUCCUGAUAGAUUUCGUAUCCGGGCCGGUAAGUUCCGGUUUCACAUCAGCAGUGGCUUUGAUAAUCGUUACGUCGCAAAUCAAAGACAUCCUCGGAAUCUCUGCAAAAGGGUCACAAUUUAUUGAAAUGUGGCAGAGCAUCGCUGAUCUGAUACACGAAACUUCGACCUGGGACGCUGCUCUUGGAGCAUCCUGCAUUGCAUUAUUGUUACUACUGAGGUUGUUAGCUUCAUGCAAAAUCGGUCCCAAAGAGGAGGAAUUUCACACAACAAAACAUCGUGUUGUGAAUAAAUUCAUCUGGUUAAUUGGCACUUCGCGAAAUGCACUUUUAGUGGUACUUUGUGGCUUACUGGGCUGGAGCUUCCAUGAAAAUUCGCCUGUCAGGCUGAUUGGCUACAUACCGGGAGGUAUGCCUGCUGUGCAGCUUCCACCGUUUUCAUAUACCGCAAGUGACAAUACGACAGUUACGUUUUUCGACAUGGUCGGUAAUUUGGGCAGUGGUAUCCUGGUCAUACCACUCAUCUCUCUGAUGGAGGACAUAGCAAUUUGCAAAGCUUUCGCCAACGGGAAGUCUGUCGAUGCUACGCAGGAGCUGAUAGCAAUUGGUAUGUCAAAUAUUGGCAAUUCCUUCGUGCAAGCUUUCCCAGGCACAGGAUCUCUUAGUAGGAGUGCAGUAAACAAUGCUUCCGGCGUCAGGACGCCGUUAGGCGGCAUCUACACUGGUGUGUUGGUGAUUUUAGCAUUGCUGUUCCUUACCCCAUAUUUCAGUUUUAUUCCACGCGCCACUUUAGCGGCGAUCAUUAUAGCCGCGGUCAUCUUCAUGGUCGAAGUCAAGGUGGUGAAACCGAUGUGGAGGACGAAAAAAUCAGAUCUUAUCCCGGGAUUGGGCACGUUUAUUGCGUGUCUGGUGCUGAAAUUAGAGAUCGGUAUUUUAUGCGGGGUCGGAAUAAAUAUCCUCUUUAUCUUGUAUCACGCUGCCAGACCAAAAAUAACCGUGGAGAAACUCACGACUAGUCACGGUAUUGAAUAUCUGAUGCUGACCCCGGAUCGAUGCUUGAUCUUCCCAUCAGUAGACUACGUGCGCAACUUAGUGACCAAGUACAGUCAACGUGUCAAAAGCGCCGCGACGCCUGUGGUAAUCGAUUGUUCGCACAUCUACGGCGCAGAUUUCACGGCUGCCAUGGUCAUCGAGACCCUGACGAAGGACUUCGCCAUGAGAGGUCAACCGCUCUUCUUUUACAAUCUGAAACCGUCAGUGUACGCUGUCUUCGAAGGCGUUGAACCGACAGACUUUGUUGUCUAUUAUACGCAAGAAGCUUUGGAUGAUCUAUUGAAGGAAAGAGGCUACAUGAAACAGAUUAAAUAGAAGCGCAGCCGCGAAAGUCCAAAUCGUUCUUAAUUAUGAAGAGUGCGUUCACACCCUUCUGAAACGUUCCUCAAGACUGUUAGUUGAAAUGGCAACAGCUGCUUACUACAUUCGUGGGAGAUACGAAAAUGAUAGUUGGAGAGAAUUAGUAAACUAUUGUUGAAACUGUUUGAAAAUAUCCUAUUCAUAUGAUAGGAUAAUAGAAAAAUUUCAAAAACAUCUGGAAGUAUCCGGAAAACUAGAACAUAUUCUUUUAUGUUCAUGAUGUCUCAUCCCAGUAGACACUUAUGUUUCAUCUGAGUAUUUAUUUAAUUUCGCAGUGAGAGAGAGAGAGAGAGAAGGAGAAGACAUUAGUAUAAUAUAUUUUCUCACAUCGAUCUUUAAUAUAUAAUUAUUCGUAUAUAAGAGCCAUAAGUUAUUUAAAAUUGUAGCGCGAAAGAGAUUGUAUGAUUGAAAUAUCAUUGUACAUUUUUAUGCACUUAUUGCUUUAUGCAGAAUAACGCUGUGUUCUUGAGACAUCUGUAUAAAUAUAGUAAGUUCGAAUAUACUGUGAUAAUUUUAGGUACAAUAUCUAGCAGAGAUGAUCAAUCGGGAGAUCAUCUUUCAAUGGAAGUAAAGUUCAUGCAGGUUUCGCUGUAGAUAAUACAACUGAAUAAUACAUAGAGAAGUUAAACUUUUCUAUUAUAUCUCCGUAUGAUUUAAAAAAGAUUUUUCAAAGAAAAAUACUAUAUAAUACUACAAUGAAAUUAAUACAAUUAUCAUAAGAAAAAUAAUAAUAAUAAUUAAUUCAUUUUAUGUUAUUAUCAUAACUAUAAUAAGUGUAAUAAUAAUGUGAAAGUAACUUACAAUUAAUUUUAUACGAACUAAAUAAAAUAAGUUUUAGACAAUGCGAUAAUAUAAUGGUAAUUAAUUAAUUAAGUAAUGGUAAUUAAUAAAGCGCAAAUUUAUACAUCUUUCUAACAAACAAUACAUCUUCUUUAUUAAAAAAUGAUAAAAUAAUGUGUUGCUUCUGCGAAGCACUGCCGAUAGUAAGAACUCUGUACAAAAAUACUAUCUGUGCAAUAGCUAUAUGUAAUUAUGCUAUAUAAAACAAGUUUAUAGUCUUAUGAUUAGUUACUUAACUACUCAAUAACGCCUCUCAAUUGGCGUUGUCGAAGGAACAUUUAUUACUCAAUAGAUUUAUGUAAAUAAGUGAAAAAUGUACUUACUUGCUUAUUAAAUUUGUAGCAAUUUUUUAUAUCUAUAAUUAUAUUAGGGGUGUGAUUU